GUCAUUAUCCUUUGGUUAGAGAUGGUUUGGAUGUGGAGUGCUUCUCACUCUUUUUAAUAAGUUUAAAUAAAUAAAUAUAGUAGCAACUGCAACCAAUACUAUACAAAAACACAUAAAAAGUAUAGAACGUUUCCUUGCUGGGUAACACGUUUGUGAAGAAAGUUUUGUCCUUUCCUUUGGCUGGCUGAGGUGAGGAAAUGGAGAGAAUAAGGGCGUGUUUGGUCGCGGUGGCCGUUGUGAGCCUAUGCGGCGUAGCCCAGGUGAGAUCCAGUGCUUCUGAUCAUCGUUACAAAGUUGGAGAUGAAGUUCCUCUCUAUGCUAAUAAAGUGGGUCCCUUCCACAAUCCCAGUGAGACCUACCGUUACUUCGAUUUUCCAUUCUGUUCGUCAGCCCCCGUGAAGGAGAAAAAGGAAGCUCUGGGUGAAGUGUUGAAUGGCGAUCGGCUAGUGAGUGCCCCGUACAAACUUGAGUUUCUAAGUGAGAAAGAGGCUGAAAUUGCCUGCAAAAGGAAGCUCACCAAGGGAGAAGUUGCUAAGUUCAGCACCGCAGUGUCAAAAGACUAUUACUUCCAAAUGUACUACGAUGACCUUCCCAUUUGGGGUUUCUUAGGGAAAGUUGAUAAGGAAGGCAAGGCCGAUCCAAGCGAGUACAAAUAUUAUCUCUUCAAGCAUCUCAUUUUCGAGAUCCUUCACAAUAAAGAUCGUGUCAUUGAGAUUACUGUUCGAUCUGAUCCCAACGCCCUUGUGGACCUCACGGAAGACGAUGAACCAGUCAAUGUGGAUUUCAUGUACACUGUUAAAUGGAAGGAAACAGACACUCCGUUUGAGAAGCGGAUGGACAAGUACUCGCUAUCUUCUUCAUUGCCACACCAUUUGGAAAUCCAUUGGUUCUCAAUCAUCAAUUCAUGUGUCACCGUUUUGUUAUUGACUGGUUUCCUAGCCACCAUUCUUAUGCGAGUCCUUAAGAACGAUUUCGUUAAGUAUGCACAUGACGAGGAAUCGGCAGAUGACCAGGAGGAGACUGGGUGGAAGUACAUUCAUGGUGAUGUGUUCAGGUACCCAAAGCACAAGUCUUUGUUUGCAGCUGCUCUUGGUUCUGGCACUCAGCUCUUUACUCUUACAAUUUUCAUCUUUGUCCUUGCUCUCGUUGGGGUCUUUUAUCCAUAUAACCGAGGAGCUUUAUUCACUGCUCUGGUCGUCAUUUAUGCCCUUACAUCUGGAAUUGCUGGCUACACUGCAGCCUCUUUCUAUUGUCAGUUAGAAGGAACAAAUUGGGUGAGAAACUUGUUACUGACUGGAAGCUUGUUUUGCGGACCUCUUUUUGUCACAUUUUGCUUUCUUAAUACUGUUGCAAUUGCUUAUAAAGCCACAGCAGCAUUGCCAUUUGGAACCAUUGUGGUGAUUUUUCUCAUAUGGGCGCUGGUCACAUCUCCUUUAUUAGUAUUAGGAGGUAUUGCUGGAAAGAAUAGCAAGGCAGAGUUUCAAGCCCCUUGUCGCACCACAAAAUAUCCUAGAGAGAUCCCACCAUUGCCUUGGUACCGGAAAACUCUUCCUCAGAUGGCAAUGGCAGGGUUCUUGCCAUUCAGUGCUAUCUAUAUUGAACUUUACUACAUAUUUGCCAGUGUGUGGGGACAUAGGAUCUACACCAUAUACAGCAUCCUGUUUAUUGUCUUUAUCAUUCUCUUGAUUGUCACUGCUUUUAUCACUGUGGCUUUGACUUAUUUUCAACUUGCUGCUGAAGACCAUGAGUGGUGGUGGAGGUCAUUCCUAUGUGGUGGGUCUACCGGGAUGUUCAUAUAUGCCUACUGUUUGUAUUACUACAAUGCGCGAUCAGACAUGUCAGGCUUCAUGCAAACCUCAUUCUUCUUUGGGUACAUGGCUUGCAUUUGCUAUGGCUUCUUCCUCAUGCUUGGGGCCAUUGGCUUCCGAGCAUCUCUAUUCUUUGUUCGACACAUUUACCGAUCUAUCAAGUGUGAGUAGGAAGUUGGAUGGUAUUCCCUGAUUACAAGAGAGAGCAGAUUGGGACAAUGUGCUUCAGACCAGCAAUGGAAGCUUACAUGUGCUUGGGGGAGCCAUUGCAGUGUUACACUAAAUAUGAAUCAUCUAAACCUUAUUUGAUUACGACAAGCAGAUGUCUAACAGAAACUUGUAUUUCUCAGUUCACUCUAUCAUUCCUUUUUUGUUUAUUAUUAUUAUUAUUUUGUUGUGGAGAAUGAUGUUGAAUAUUAGGAUGCUGUAGGAAGAAAUUGUGUUAUUAUACGGUCAAAUGUGGUGCAUAUAUUUGGAACCUAAAAAGGUUUUUAAUAAACAAAAUUUGAAGUUUUCAAUAAAAAAAA